AUGGAUUCAAAUCAAGCAAAUACCAUUUUGGAAGAUAUCUAUGCUUUUUUAGAUUUUUAUUCUGCCAAAUUAACUUUGACAGGGUUAGAAAGUAACAACUAUACAAAUGAUUAUUCUGAUAAAAUUCUUCCUAAAUUCAUGAUUUUUAAACACAUGCCUUCUAGUAUAAAAAUUGAUAAUGGCUCUUGCUACUUGUUACCUGAAAAACAUAAACAUUUAGUCUGUGGAAGAUCUACUCCAAAUGGAAAUUGCUUAUUCAAUUCAGCUUCUGCAAUUUUGUAUGGAGAUGAAAGCAAUUACAUGCAACUUAGACUUGCUGUCAUUAUUGAGCUCAUGAAAAAUGCUAGAAGAUAUUUAGAAAUUGAUGUUUUUGAAACAGAUAUUAUUUAUUCAAAUGAUGCAUUGGACUCAGCAGAAUUAUUGAAAAACCAGAAGAAAGAAAAUUUUGAAUAUCAAAAACAUUUUGCUUAUUUAUCUGAAUUAAAAAGAAUGUGUUGCAAUUUUUCUUGGUGUUCUUUAAUGGCAUUAUAUGGAUUAGCCAAUGUUGUUAAACAACCAGUUUAUACAAUAUAUCCUGAAGUCAAAUCAACAUUAAUUCGUGAAAUAUAUAAUUGUAGAAUUGAACCAUUCCAACCACUUGUAGUUCAACCAUUUAAUGAAACUGAUAUUGUUUUUGAACAGCCCUUAUUUAUUCUUUGGACAAAUACAUCAAUUCAUACAAAGAUGCAAGCAGAGACAGUCUUGAAUGAAAAUAAAUUUGUUCCAAAUCAUUUUGUACCAUGCUUUUUAGAAAGUAAAAAGAUCGAAUCAAUUGAAUAUAUUAUUGAUAUAAGUGAUAACAAUUACACUGAUAUAAAUGAUGAUAGUGACUCAACAAUUAAAGAUGAUAGUGAUUACAAUCCCAAUUCAGAUUGGUUGAAAGAAAUACUAAUGAAAGAACCAUUCAAUUUAGGACCAGAUCCAACAUACUUUAAAGGACUAGAAUGGAUAAUUAAUGACUGGAAAAAAUAUUUUAAUAAAGAUAAAAAUGAAACUGAUAUUAAUAAUGAUCUAGCACCUAAUGACAAAAGUCUUGCUGAAAGCAAUGAUCAUUUGAUAGGACUUUUGAUGGGAAUAGAUGAAAAAAAGAACAUUCCAAAUAGAAAAAUUUCAGGAAAUUUUAUUCAAUAUGAUGAAUGCAAAGAUUUCUCAUUUAAAAUACCAUAUAAUGAAGUUUUCUUAAAUUUAUUAAUGAAAACAGAAGAAAAUAUAAUUUGGAAAGAAUCUAAAAUUUCUAACGCCUGGAUCAUUAAAUAUUUACAGAAACAAAGCCAGUUCCCACCACAAAUUGCAGUAGCUGUUAAGAAAUCUUAUAACAAUAACAGAGAAUACUUAAGGAAACAUAUGUAUUGUAGUGGUUGCAAAAAUGAAAACAAACCAAAAACUUCAUUUUAUUUUGAUAUCUCCAGAAACAAUUUGUUCAUACACAAUGAUGAGAUAACUAUCAGCAUAAAAUAUUUAAACAAACAUAAUGUUUGUUAUCAUAUUCCUGGAAAGUUCUAUGGACAAUGUCGGGGAGUUAUCAGAGAAGAACUUUCUAAUAUUGAAGGACAACCCAGGGACAUUAGAAAAAAGGCAUUAGAAAAUACUAAGUCUGAAAUUAGAUUUACUGGGAAUAGACAAAAUAUACCUUCAUCAAAUGCUUCUAGGACAAUAAAAUCUGAAACUAAUGCAUCAGAUCAGUAUAAUAUACUUGAAAAUUUGCAUACAUCAAUUAUAAAAGUAAAUUAUGCAGAACAAAAUGAUUAUAUUAAAAAAAAUGGAGUAGAUUCACUGAAACGAAGAAAAUUGAUGGGAUACAUUCAAGAACCAAUACAGACACAACCAUUAUCAAUUGUAUUUUAUAAUGAGGCAUCUCUUGAGUAUUACCACACAUAUGCUUCAAUGAAUCCUGGAAUAUUUAUUGAUUAUACAGGACAGCUCAUUAAACCUGUACCUCCAUAUUUAUGUGCCAAAUAUCAAGAUAACAAAAAUGAUUAUCCAAAAAUACUAAAUGCUUUUAUAACAAUGGCAUCAGGAAAAGGGUCUAAUGCACCACCAAUAGAUGUUUUAGAGUUAGCUACAAAUGAUCUCACUGCAAGUAAUUUGCAGAGAUUUAUAAAUAAAUUUAGAGAUGAUGAAUUAAAAAUAUACCAUAACAGAACAGUUCCUUAUCUAAUUAAUUGUGACUGUGGAAGAAACAUUUUAGUUGCUUGUUUGGCUGCAUAUAAUAAUGAAACAAUAAGGCAAUAUAAUGAAAUAAUAUUGAAAAGUUUAAUUAAUAAUGAAAAAAUUGAUCCUGAGAAAAUAAUAAUUGCUUGGUGUUAUUCACAUUGCAUCAAUGCAAUAAAAAAUUAUACAAGAUCUAAGAAACUUAAAACUGAAGAAUAUAAUGUUGAAAAAACAAUCUUUUCAAAAUUUGCAAUGAAGAUGUGGAAUAAAAUUAGAAUAAAUACAACACUUGUUGGAGCAAUUAAUGAAAUUGGAAAUUGGAAUUGGUUUCUAAACCAGAAAUCUUUCCAAUUAAAAGAAACAAACAUUCAUUUAGAAAAAGAUGCAUCAUUUAUAACUGAUAUUUUUUGUUUUAAUGAAGAACAUUUCUCUAAUGAAUUUAUGCAAAAUUUGAGUGAUGAAGAAAGUGAUGAAGAUGAAGGAGUUGGCGAUGAUAAAGCAAUAAAUUCACUAAUUAACCAAUGGAGUUAUAAAAUCAACAAUAAUUUGUUAUUUAUAAUUUUGGAAGAAAAUGAAAAUUAUAUAAUUAAUUUUCCUACCUUAUCUAUGAAUAUAAAG